UUGUAAAUCGUGAGGAGGAGGGUGGGUAGUGGGAGUGGGGGACCACGCAGCUCACCAUUUCCCAGCAUAUCGGCUGGCGUGUCACCUUAUCUCCCUGUGCCGUGUUUGAGGGGCUAUCUCACAUAUUUCUCCCGGAGGAUUUUCACGGCGGUUCAGUCAGGGCUGUGCUUGUUAAUGGGCGUCUUGGACGGCUGCCUUUCCUCAUCCAUGUGUGCCCCUCUGAGUGCGCUGUAAGCAGAGGCAGCAGCACCUUGGAAGCGCAGAAGGAGGAGGAGGAGAACUGCUCUCUGCCGUGCCGUGCGGUUACCGCGUCGUGUAGUGGAAAUACGCUCGCUUGCUCUGGUUACUAUCAAAACCAGUCGGAGAGAAGAAGAAGAAGGACACGAAGUGAAGAAGGCUUCACAGACUCAUUUUGUGAAUUGUUAACGGGACGGGCCUGCUACCGUGGACAUGUCUUCAGAAUGAAAACAAGAGAAAGAGGAGAGAAAAAGCCCAAACUUGGAUAAGAACCAGCACUAAUAUUAAGGGAAUUCUCCAGAGUGGUGUCGGCACUCAGAUCUUAACACGCAGAAAACAGAGCAUGACUGAACGGGAGCAAAUACAGUUCACUGAGGAUUACUGUUACUGCUCUGUCCGGCACAAACCUCAUACUGUAUUCAUAAAGAGCUUAUCUGGUGGAGAAAUCCUUGUCUGAACAGCGCAGCAUAUAAAUCGCUCAAACUGAACCGGAGUUACGACCCACAUUUUCAUCUGAAAGUAGAGAGGAGGCAGCCAUGGAGGUGAAAGAACGCAGACCCUAUCGCUCGCUCACGACCCGGCAGGACACCGAGCGCCGUUACACCAGCUCCUCUGCAGACAGCGAAGAUGGUAAACCCAACUCUAAAUCCUACAGCUCCAGCGAAACACUCAAAGCCUUCGACCACGACUCGAGGAUGGCGUACGGCAGCCGUGUGAAGGAAAUGGUUCACCAUGAAGUGGAUGAAUUCAGCCGGCAAGGGGCCGACUUUUCCCUGCGAGACCUCGGCUUUGGAGAUGGCCUUCCAUCGCAUGUGGCGACGUACAGGAGCGACAUGGGGCUGCCUCACCGUGACUACUCGGUCAGCGUGGGCUCUGACGCAGACACGGAGACGGACGGCAUCAUGUCCCCGGAACACGCGGUCAGGCUGUGGGGCCGCAGCAACACCAAGUCGGGCCGCAGCUCGUGUCUCUCCAGCAGGGCCAACUCCAACCUAACACUCACCGACACUGAACACGAGAACACAGAAAACGGUCCUCCGCUGCAUUGUUCAUCCGCCUCCUCCUCCCCUGUUGAGCAGCUCCCAUACCCUCCCCCUUCCAUUACAGCCAAUGAGAACCACGGGAGGUUGCUAGGUAACAGUGCGGCUCAGCCAGCCCAGGACUCUGACUCUGAGGAUGAGUUUGGCCCCAAUUCAUUCUUAGUUAAAACUGGCUCAGGGAACCUGUAUGCUCCUUCUGCUGCAACUGCUGAUGACGGAGCCUUUCAAAAUCACUCUCGGCUGCGGACGCCUCCGCUGCCCCUCUCCCAUUCUCACUCGCCCAAUCAUCAGCACCAUGCAGCCUCUAUUAACUCGUUAAACAGGAGCAACUACACUCCGCGGAGCAACGCCAGUCCAGCGCCCACAGACAGCUCCGCUCCCCCGGAGGGUCCCGCCAGUGGUCAAGACUCCAGCAGCGUUCAGGACAACUGGCUCCUCAACAGCAACAUCCCGCUGGAAACGAGGAGCCAGAAUACUCUAAUGUUUAUCAGAGAAGAGCAAGACGCUUGCAGAGAAGGACAGGGCUCAAACAAAACAAGAAAUAUAGCAAAGCAGGCAUUCCUUGAGACUUUGCAGGACAACUUGAUUGAGAUGGACAUUCUGGCAUCAGCACGCCACGAUGCCUCGUACAACGACGGGCAUUUCCUGUUCAAACCAGGUGGAACAUCACCAAUGUAUUGCACAACUUCACCGGGGUACCCUCUGACCUCCAGCACGGUGUACUCGCCUCCCCCACGCCCUUUACCUCGAAACACCUUCUCUCGACCUGCCUUCAGCUUGAAGAAGCCCUACAAGCACUGCAACUGGAAAUGUGCUGCUCUCAGUGCCAUCCUCAUCUCAGUGACGCUGCUGCUGCUGUUAGCCUACUUCGUUGCCAUUCACCUUUUGGGGUUAAACUGGCACCUCCAACCCAUGCAGAGACAGAUGUACCAGCUGUCAGAAGAUAAUACAAGUGGCCUACCAUUCCCUACAGACUUGAGUUUACCACCGCUAGGCAACACGGGGCUGGAGAUACCAGAUCACAGGGGAAAAGAUGACAGCAAAUUGGACAGCUUGUUCCCGGAUGACAGCUAUAUAGAUAUGGGGGAGAUUGACGUGGGUCGCAAGUUCGCCCAGCAGAUUCCUCCUGGUAUCUUCUGGAGAUCGCAAGUCUUCAUCGAUCAUCCCAUGUACCUAAAGUUUAACGUUUCACUCAGCAAAGAUGCCUUAGUGGGAAUAUAUGGAAGAAGAGGCCUUCCUCCGUCACACACACAGUUUGACUUUGUAGAGCUGUUGGAUGGGCGGCGGCUUCUUGCCCAGGAUGUUCACAGUCUGGAGGGGCCUGCAGCUCUACAGCGGAGUCUCGUACCAAUCACCACACACGACACGGGCUUUAUCCAGUACAUAGACUCGGGCAUCUGGCACCUGGCCGUCUACAACGACGGGAAGGAAACCGAAACCGUUUCCUUCCUCACCACUCCCAUAGAUUCCAUUGAUGACUGUCCCAGCAACUGCUUUGGAAAUGGUGACUGUGUUUCUGGAACGUGCCAUUGCUUUUUAGGAUUCAAAGGGCCCGACUGUGGGCGAGCUGCCUGUCCGGUGCUGUGCAGUGGGAAUGGUCAAUACCUUAAAGGUCGUUGCAUGUGCCACAGCGGCUGGAAGGGCUCCGAAUGUGAUGUUCCCACCAGCCAGUGCAUCGACAUCACGUGCAGCGGCCAUGGGACCUGCAUUGGGGGGACCUGCAUCUGCAACCCUGGAUACAAAGGAGAGAACUGCGAAGAAGUGGACUGCCUGGAUCCAACGUGCUCGGGCCGAGGCGUUUGUGUCCAGGGAGAGUGCCACUGCUUCAUCGGCUGGGGAGGGCCGGGAUGUGAAAGCCCCCGGGCCUCCUGCAUGGACCAGUGCUCUGGACAUGGAGCUUUCCUGGCAGACACUGGAACCUGCAGCUGCGAUCCCAACUGGACCGGCCACGACUGCUCUACAGAGAUUUGUGCAGCCGACUGUGGAGGCCAUGGCGUUUGUGUUUCAGGCACCUGUCGCUGUGACGACGGCUGGAUGGGCGCCGGGUGUGACCAAAGGGCGUGUCACCCGCGCUGCAACGAGCACGGCACAUGCAAGGACGGCAAAUGUGAAUGCAGUCCUGGUUGGAACGGAGAACACUGCACCAUUGCUCACUAUCUGGAUAAGGUAGUGAAAGAGGGUUGUCCUGGUUUGUGCAAUGGAAAUGGCAGGUGCACUCUGGGUAACAACGGCUGGUACUGUGUGUGUCAGCUGGGCUGGAGGGGCACCGGCUGUGACACCUCCAUGGAAACCGCCUGCAGUGAUGUCAAGGACAACGAUGGAGAUGGCCUGGUGGACUGCAUGGAUCCAGACUGCUGUCUUCAGGCAACCUGUCACACCACCUCUUUAUGCGUGGGCUCGCCCGACCCCCUGGAUAUCAUCCAGGAGACGCAGAUGUCCUCGGCACAGAGCAACCUGCAGACGUUCUACGACCGAGUGCGCUUCCUGGUGGGCAGGGACAGUACACACACCAUCCCUGGAGCUAAUCCCUUCGACGGAAACCAUGCUUGUGUCAUUCGUGGGCAGGUGGUCACCUCUGACGGAACCCCGCUGGUUGGCGUUAACGUCAGCUUCAUCAACAAUCCGGCGUUUGGCUACACAAUUACCAGGCAAGAUGGAAGCUUCGACUUGGUGACCAACGGGGGCAUAGCCAUAGCUCUGCACUUUGAGCGCGCCCCAUUCAUCACUCAGGAGCACACUCUGUGGUUGCCAUGGGGACGGUUCUUUGUCAUGGACACCAUUGUCAUGCGGCACGAGGAAAAUGACAUCCCGAGCUGCGACCUCAGCAGCUUCUCCCGGCCCGUCCCCGUGGUGUCCCCGGCGCCGCUCACAGCCUUCGCCGGCUCCUGCUCGGAAAGGGGGACAGUGGUGCCCGAAAUCCAGUCUCUACAGGAGGAAGUGCACAUACCAGGGACAGAGAUGAAGCUCAGCUAUCUAAGCAGCAGAACUCCAGGUUAUAAGUCAAUUCUGAGGGUGACCCUCACCCACUCCACCAUUCCUUUCAACUUGAUGAAGGUUCACCUCAUGGUGGCUGUGGAAGGCAGGCUGUUCAGAAAGUGGUUUCCUGCAGCUCCCAACCUCUCCUAUGACUUUGUGUGGGACAAGACGGACGUCUACAGCCAGAAGGUGUACGGCCUCUCUGAAGCCUUUGUUUCAGUGGGUUUUGAGUAUGAAUCAUGCCCAGACCUUAUUCUGUGGGAGAAGAGGACUGCUGUACUACAAGGCUACGAAACAACCGCCUCCAAACUUGGAGGGUGGACAGUAGACAAGCACCAUGCUUUAAAUAUCCAGAGCGGCAUUCUUCACAUGGGCAAUGGAGAGAACGUGUUCAUCUCCCAGCAGCCGCCCGUAAUCGGCAGCGUGAUGGGAAACGGGCGCAGGCGCAGCAUCUCCUGCCCCAGCUGUAACGGCCUUGCUGACGGAAACAAACUCCUGGCCCCCGUGGCUCUGGCUUGCGGCUCAGAUGGAAGUCUGUAUGUGGGCGACUUCAACUAUGUGAGGAGGAUUUUCACCACAGGGAACGUCACCAGCGUCCUGGAGCUGAGAAAUAAAGACUUCAGGCACAGCAACAGCCCUGCUCAGAAGUACUACCUGGCCUCCAGUCCUGUGGACGGCGCCGUGUACCUGUCCGAUACGGGCAGCAGGAAGGUGUUCAGGGUCAAAUCUCUGACUGUUGUGAACAACGUUGCUAAGAAUCUGGAGCUGGUGGCUGGAACCGGUGACCAGUGUCUCCCAUAUGACGACGCUCGCUGCGGGGACGGAGGGAAAGCUGUUGAGGCCACUCUCACUAAUCCCAGAGGCAUUACGGUGGAUAAGUAUGGGGUAAUCUUCUUUGUGGAUGGAACCAUGAUUCGCAGGAUUGAUCAGAAUGGUAUCAUUUCCACUCUUCUGGGUUAUAAUGACUUAACCUCUGCUCGACCUCUCAGCUGUGAUGCCGUUAUGGACAUUUCUCAGGUGCGCCUUGAGUGGCCGACAGACCUGGCAGUGAGCCCCAUGGACAACUCUCUGUACGUUCUGGACAACAAUGUUGUUCUACAAGUCUCAGAGAACCAUCAAGUCCGCAUUGUAGCAGGCCGCCCCAUGCACUGCCAAGUACCUGGCAUUGAUCACUUUCUCAUGAGCAAAGUGGCCAUCCAUGCAACUCUGGAGUCAGCAAAUGCCUUAACUGUGUCACACAAUGGUGUUUUGUACAUCGCCGAGUCUGAUGAAAAGAAAAUCAACAGAGUGCGACAGGUGUCCACCAAUGGAGAGAUCUCUCUGGUGGCAGGGGCACCAAGUGGCUGCGACUGCAAAAAUGACGUCAACUGCGAUUGUUACUCUGGAGAUGGAGGCUAUGCCAAGGACGCCAAGCUGAACGCGCCCUCUUCCCUUGCUGUGUGCCCAGAUGGAGAGCUCUAUAUUGCAGAUCUUGGAAACAUUCGUAUUCGUUACGUGCGGAAAAACAAACCCUUUCUGAAUCCUCUCAGUAUGUACGAGGUAUCCUCUCCAAUUAAUGAUGAACUCUAUCUGUUUGAUUCCAACGGCAGCCACAUUUUCACACAAAGUCUGACAACAGGAGACCAUCUCUACAAUCUGACCUACACAGGAAAGGGAGAUAUAAGUGGUAUCACAGAUAAGAACAAGAAUACAGUGACCAUCCGACGAGACACUACAGGAAUGCCUCUGUGGCUAAUGGUCCCUGAUGGGCAGACCUUUUGGUUCACCAUUGGUACUAACAACGCCCUCAAAACUGUUGCUGCACAGGGUCAAGAACUAGCUGUAAUGACCUAUCAUGGGAGCUCAGGACUUCUUUCUUCUAAGACGAAUGAAAAUGGAUGGACCACUUUCUUUGAGUACGACGGUUACGGACGACUAACCAACAUCACUUACCCCACCGGCAGAGUAAGCAGCUACCGUACAGAAGCCGACAGUUCGGUCCGCAUCCAGACAGAGGGCUCCAACAGAGAGGAUAUCACAGUCACCACCAACCUGUCUGCCUCUGGCAACUUCUACACACUUUUGCAAGAACAAGUUCGGAACAGCUACUUUAUUGGUUUGGACGGCUCAUUGCGGCUUGUUCUUGCCAAUGGUAUGGAGGUCUCCCUGUAUACCGAGCCCCACCUGCUGGCCGGGACGGUCAACCCCACCGUCAGCAAGAGGAACAUCACCCUGGCCAUCGACAACGGCCUCAACCUGGUGGAGUGGAGACAGAGGAAGGAGCAGGCUCGUGGUCAAGUCACCGUAUAUGGACGCAGAUUGAGGGUUCAUAACCGGAACCUGCUGUCACUGGACUUUGAUCGGAUCACCAGGACAGAAAAGGUCUAUGAUGAUCACAGGAAGUUCACUUUGCGGAUCCACUAUGAUCACGCUGGUCGGCCCACUCUGUGGGCUCCAAGCAGCCGUCUCAACGGAGUUAACGUCACUUACUCCUCUGGGGGGCAUGUGGCGGGGGUCCAGAGAGGCACCAUGUCUGUCCGCAUGGAAUACGACGUAAACGGCAGAAUCACGUCCCAGAUAUUUGCUGAUGGUAAAUAUUGGAGCUACACUUACCUCGAAAAGUCCAUGGUGCUGCUUCUCUACAGUCAGAGGCAGUACAUCUUUGAAUUUGACAAAAACGAUCGAUUGUCUUCCGUGACCAUGCCCAACGUAGCUCGGCACACCUUGGAGACGUCCCGCUCUAUUGGCUACUACAGAAACACUUACCGACCCCCCGAAGGCAACGCAUCGGUGCUCCAGGACUACAGUGAGGCCGGGCAGUUGCUGCAGACCACCCACCUGGGAACAGGUCGCAGGGUCAUCUACAAGUACGGCAAGCUCUCCAAGCUGCUGGAGAUCCUUUAUGACACCACACGGAUUGGUUUCUCCUACGACGAGAUGGCGGGGAUGCUGAAGACCGUCAACCUCCAGAGCGAAGGCUUCACCUGCACGAUCCGGUACAGACAGAUCGGCCCGCUCAUCGACAGGCAAAUAUUUAGGUUCAGCGAGGAAGGCAUGGUCAACGCAAGAUUCGACUACGUCUAUGACAACAGCUUCCGAGUCACCAGCAUGCAGGCGGUCAUUAACGAAACUCCGCUACCAAUCGACUUGUAUCGCUAUGACGACGUGUCAGGCAAAACAGAACAGUUUGGCAAAUUUGGAGUAAUUUAUUACGACAUAAAUCAAAUUAUAACCACUGCAGUGAUGACGCACACCAAACACUUUGACGCCUACGGUCGAGUGAAGGAGGUCCAGUAUGAGAUUUUUCGUUCGCUCAUGUACUGGAUGAUGGUGCAGUAUGACAACAUGGGGCGUGUGGUGGCCAAAGAGCUCAAAGUGGGACCUUACGCCAACACGACACGCUACACCUAUGAGUAUGAUGCUGACGGUCAGCUCCAGGUGGUCUCCAUCAACGACAAGCCCUUGUGGAGGUACAGCUACGACCUGAACGGCAACCUGCACCUCCUCAGCCCUGGAAACAGCGCGCGCCUCACCCCGCUACGCUACGACGUCAGAGACCGCAUCACCCGCUUGGGAGAUGUGACGUACCGGAUGGAUGAGGACGGCUUCCUGAAGCAACGAGGGAACGACUACUUUGAGUACAACUCAGCCGGUCUGCUGACGAAGGUGUACAACAAAGCCAGUGGGUGGAGCAUCAAGUAUCGCUACGAUGGCCUGGGCAGGCGAGUUUCCAGCAGAAGCAGCACAGGUCACCACCUGCAGUUCUUCUAUGCCGACUUGUCCAGCCCCACUCGGGUCACCCACAUGUACAACCACUCCAGCUCUGAGAUUGCUUCGCUAUACUACGAUCUGCAGGGACACCUGUUUGCCAUGGAGCUGAGCAGCGGCGAUGAGUUUUACGUGGCUUGCGACAACAUCGGCACUCCUCUCGCUGUGUUCAGUGGUUCAGGCCUCAUGAUUAAGCAGAUUCUCCACACGGCAUUCGGAGAGGUUUACUUGGACACCAAUCCCAGCUUCCAGAUUAUAAUUGGCUACCAGGGAGGACUGUAUGAGCCUCUUAGCAAACUGGUCCACAUGGGCAAACGGGAUUACGAUGUCCUCGCUGGCCGCUGGACAACACCGGACAGAGAGAUCUGGAGUCAUCUCAAUAACAAUCGCAUCGUUCCAUUCAACCUGUACAUGUUUAAGAAUAACAACCCACUCAGCAAUAAUGAGGAGACAAAGUGCUACAUGACAGAUGUGAACAGCUGGCUUGUGACCUUUGGCUUCCAGCUGUAUAAUGUUAUCCCCGGCUAUCGUAAACCGAGCACAGAGAGCAUGGAGCCCUCCUACGAGUUAGUCCGCACCCAAAUCAAGACACAGGAGUGGGACAGCACCAAGUCUUUGCUGGGCGUUCAGUGCGAAGUUCAAAGGCAGCUCAAAGCUUUCGUCAAGCUGGAACGCUUUGGUCAAAUCUACAACGCCAAAAGCGCAGGAUGUCCCCAGACAGAGGGGAAGAAGAUCUUCGCCUCCGGCGGCUCCAUCUUUGGGAAGGGGGUGAAGUUCGCCAUCCGAGACGGCCGCAUCAGCACCGACAUCAUCAGCCUGGCCAACGAGGAUGGACGCCGCAUGGCCGCCGUUCUGAACGACGCGUUCUAUCUUGAAAACCUUCACUUCACCAUCGCGGGGAUGGACACCCACCAUUUUGUCAAGCUGGGCUCAGUGGAAGGAGACCUGGCACUCAUUGGCAUGACGGUUGGCCGGCGCACGCUGGAGAACGGUGUCAACGUCACCGUGUCUCAGGUCAACACCGUGCUGAAUGGCAGGACUAGGCGCAUAACCGACAUCCAGCUGCAGCAUGGAUCGUUGCUCCUCAACACGCGAUACGGCGGCAGCGUAGACGAAGAGAAAGCCCGCAUUCUGGAGCUGGCCCGGCAGAGGGCCGUCGGCCAGGCCUGGGCCCGGGAGCGCCAGAGACUCAGAGACGGGGAGGAAGGCUCAAGAACCUGGACUGAGGGAGAGAAGCAGCAGCUUCUGGGCUCAGGGAAGGUGCAAGGCUAUGACGGAUACUAUGUGGUUUCAGUUGACCAGUACCCCGAGCUGGCAGACAGUGUCAACAACAUCCACUUCAUGAGACAGAGCGAAAUGGGCCGAAGGUGACAUGAACACGAGGCUGUCGGAUAACGGACUCCGAUGUAGGAAAUGGGACUUCUUGCCAAAGACAGUUGUGUACAUGACCACACUUUUUUUUUUUUGACUGUGCCCAACUUGGUUUUUAAUAUGCUGUAAACAAGAUGACAGUUGCAAACAGUUGCACUGCACUGACAGAAGAGUGCCCUUCUCCCUUCUGAGGAUUCUUUACCAGUCUUUGCCCUUCAAGUGCGGCUGCUAGAGGAUGAAAAUCUGUGAUGUUUUUUGGCUUAUUUUUGUGACUCCAUUUCCUCAUACCUGUUGGUGAUUCUCUUCAAAGGAAUCUGAGGGGAGUUUUGGUGAUCCUUUGUGUUUCUCCGUCUCUCUCUCUCUCUCUCUCUGCUAACAGACUUUUGCAGAUUGUAAUUCACAAGCCUGCUCCAUUCUGCCUUUUUCUGCGCCUCAGCCAAGGAGAUUCCAUCUCUUUUAAUCACUCCUUUUUUUAUACUUGAAGCCCUCAUAGCCCCUGUCAUCCAUUAAUAAUGAGAGAAAUUGCUGUUGGCCGUAAUGCCCUUCAUCAAAACCACAGCUGAACUUGUCAAAGCACCUUCAUUUGUGUGAUGUCUCGGAGUUCUACGAGAGGAGGCUUUGUGCUCAUUUGUGGUCUUAAGGUUUCUGUGCACCCUGAAAUGUGCAUGUCGGCCUUUUUUAUUAAGUACAAAACCUGCAAAAAUGCUUAAUGACAGCGCCUUGCAGAUGGUAGAUCAUUACCUGUUGGGCUUUUUCACAUUUUCUAAAGUUUCUCUACAAGCAUCGGCAUAUUAUUCUGGAUUUUAUUGGAUAAAUCAACAUGGAGGCCUGUUUUAAACAGAGAAAUCUAAAAGGCUUUCAUCUCUCUUUAACAAAUGAAACCUUAAAAGUCUGUCAUACUUUAUUUAGCGUCCAUUUCUCUUGUACCCCUAAAUAAAAUCUCCUGCAACCAACUCCACCAGUCUGUAUUUUCAGUAUAAAUUCAGCUGUUAUGUGAUCUCAGUGGUAUGUCAGAGACUGUUUUUGAACAAAGUAACAUAAAACAGAUGAAAUACCUUUCUGAUGUGAUCUAAAUAUGAAAAAGCUCAACAGACAUGAUCAUUUCACAGAGCUCUGCAGGCCUAAAUUGAAUAAUUGUGCAAUCUCAGUCAAUUAGAAUAUUAUU